AUGGUACUCACCACCAUUUACUGGAACCUGGCUUCUUCAGAUCACUCUUCCUCGUCGACCUCUUCCAUCCGUUGGCCCGUCACUACAAUCACAGGAGUCCCGUGUUCGACUUUCUCUCCCAGCGCUUCCGAGCUCCUCCGGGUUAUAUCCCUCUCCCAGUGGCUGUCGUUUAUCAGAGAUGUCGGCUUCUACGAGGAUAGAAACAAUCUAGUCCAGAGCUUGAAAGACAACAAAGCUCGCAUGCAACAAUUUGAAGUUCAUGCUAUCGAUGCUCGCCUGCGAUCUUGGGCUUCCGAAGUCCAUAAUCAGUGUCUAAAUUCCCACGAGUGCUACAGCGUCAGCUGCAAAUCUUGCAUGUUAAGGUAUCUGGAUGAGCACGCGUCUCAGGCGGGCAUAGAUGAUCUAACGGACCCAACGACAAACAAAGAUGCGUCUAAAAGACCAGACAACACUGAUAUGGGCACAUCUACCAGCCUGCCACACAAUGCCAUUACUGAAGACCGAAUACGACAUGUAAAGCAUCAAUGCCUACGAAACUUUAUGAAGGUAUUCUCAACCUAUCCACCUUACCUCAUCGUGGGUCUAGUGUUUGAGCAACCCUCGAGACAUGGAUACGAUGAGCUUCAGAAGGGUUACCUCGCUUGCCGCAUGACCUGGCACACGUUCAAAGUCAAUGCAAACCCCAGGUCUCUUGAAGGCACAAUGCCUAUCUUGAGAAAUAUUGCUUUCGGGAGCUUACCACAGCUGAAUAUGUGGGGAGGCAUUAUAAACGAUUGUACCCUCUCAUGUCAUGGACAUUUGACCCAAAAGGAUCUCAUGAACCUCCAUAACCUUGAGGACCAGGCCAUUAAGUACUUGAUAUCUCACCGUCUCCAUUGGAGCAAGGAGAUCGAUGUUAUACAAGAUUUUGCUGGUCUGAAACUGUCUGUCCUUGGUCAAGAACCCAUCUCGGAAUUAAGAGACAUCAUUCAUACUGUCAACGCAGACCUCAUGGGCUUGGUCACGGCUGAACUCGAGCCCACAGAAGCUCUCAAGAUUUGGUUAGAGAUGAAUCAAAGAACACUGUAUUACUGUGCUAAACAGAAUUCCAAGACGCUUAGGCAAGUCCUUGACGACAAGUAUCGGCUAGACACUAAACAACAUUUAGCCGGGAGACUAUGA